AUGUUCUAUAAGCACUCUCAUCAUUCAUCAAGAUUUACUACACUAAAUGAAGAAUCAUACAACCAAGAAACUUGUGAUGCAAGGUCCCAUAGACCUUCGAGAACACUAGCAUCUACUAGUUUAAGCUUAUAUAAUCGUCCUUACUUACACACAAAAAGCAUCCCUAAAUCACUCAUAGAGCAAGGUAACAUUUAAAUUUGAAGUUGUAUUUUAAGGGUACAGAUCCAAAAGCAUACUUUAUCAUAUGUGUUUAUUGUCGAAUGAUAAGAAUGUAAGGAUUAGACCAAGUAGAAGGGAGAGGGAAAAAACAGUUUUAUUUACAGAUAACAUGGAAUUAUAUCAUCAUAAAAUCAUUAAAAGAGUUAAAGAGAUGUGCAGAAGAAAGAGUUGUAAUUGUGGAGGAUGCGGUAUAAAAACCAAAUUCGAAAGGAAACAUGAUGAUUUUGAAGUUCGUACUCAACAAGCAAUAUCUUCAGACUUAAAGCUACUCUCAUUUACUAGAUAAGGAUAAAAGAAGAAAUAAACAAUAAUUAAGGAAUUUAAAAUAAAAUAAAUAAAUGAAAAAAAAAUUAAAGCCCAAUACUCCUCUAUUAAUUCAUAGUUGAUGAUUAAUUUACCCUCGACUCAAAGAGACAGCUUUUAAGUUGAUUAGUAAGACACUCAAAGAUCUCUUCUCAAAAAUACUCAACAUUUCAUUUAAUCACUUCCCUCAAUCAAAAAUAUUGUCCCUUUAACAAUUUUAAAAUAAAUUUACAUUGCUGGAAAACAACAAAAAUAAUGUGUCAUUCGGAAACCAUCUCAUGACUAUCUAAUAAUGAAAGCUUACAAACUGAAAUGA